AUGGCUACACCAGCGACGCUGGCGUCGCCGCCACCCAUGUAUAUCCCGAUGACGACUAGCGCAAGAGACUCGCUCAUAGCUAUCUGCUUUCUAUGGGCAGUUUUUGCAGCGGUAGUGUUUGCUCGACUCUGGGGCAGAUAUCGUGGAAUUGGCGUUGGCGGAGAUGAUAUCUUGGCUUUGGCUGCUUGCAAAUCACAGCUUCUAUCAGGCAGUACAAUAGGCAUGAAUGCAGCAGUUUUUACGUCUGGUGUUGGAUACAACUUCGACCCUGACUCUGACGUUUAUCCAAAAUUGCUCAAUAACAUGCAGUUUAUCUUGAAGACGACUUUUGCUUUCACGCUUAUCUACCUAUGGGCACUGGCGUCCUUGAAGCUCAGUCAGCUCUGGUUCUAUCAUAGAGCCUUUUCUGUUCAACUCAAGUGGUGGAUCUUCUUUAUUGGCAGCGUUGUCAUUGCAUGGGCUUUGGUCUUCACCUUUGUCUUCAUCUUCCUCUGUGAUCCGAUUUCCCAACAAUGGACAGUACAGCGAAUCGGUCACUGCAUGGACCAGAUCCUGGUACUCAAGUGCAUUAUCAUGACAAACGUUGUCACCGACCUGUUCAUUGUGAUUCUACCUAUCUGGACUGUCUGGCAAUUACAAAUGCGGAAAACCGAAAAGCUUGCUGUCAUUGCCUGCUUCGCUCUCGGCUUAGCAUGCUGUGUGAUUGGCAUCGUUCGAUUCUGGCAGAUCUACGUCAUCGAUCUUAUUGGCAAUUUGACUGGCACUUCCUUGACUACAUUCAUGCUCUGCACGGUUGAGCUCAUGCUUGCCGGUCUUUGCAUCAAUAUUCCUAUGCUUCGCCCCUUCUACCUCAGAUGCAGAGCCAAGUACAAGUCCUCCUCGCUCGAAAACUCCAAUAGCCAAAGCGCAUUCAACAAGGGAUCGCGGAGUGGGCAGAUCAAGGUGCAACCCAAUCCUGGUCAGUCCACAGCAUGGAUAGAACUGAAUGACAAGGAGCACGAGACGGGCAGCAAUGACGAUGGCGAUUCCCAACGAAAACUGACCAGAGAGCAAACCAGUACUGCGAUACACGUACAUACCAACUGGAAGAUUACACGGGAAUGA